AUGUGCGGGGAUGUAGUGGAUGGAAGUGACGAGGGUGGGAGUGCCGAUGAUGGGAGUGACGAGGAUAGGAGUGCAGAUGAAGGGAGUGAGGAGGAUAGGAGUGCCAAUGAAGGGAGUGAGGAGGAUAGGAGUGCCGAUGGACGGAGUGACGGUAAUGGGAUUGCCGAUGAUGGGAGUGACGAGUAUGGGAGUGACGGUGAUGGCCGUGACGAUGAAGGGAGUAACGAGGAUGGGAGUGACGGUAAUGGGAGUGACGAUGAUGGUAAUGACGAGGAUGGGAGUGACGGUAAUGGGAGUGACAUGUACGGGGAUGUAGUGGAUGGAAGUGACGAGGGUGGGAGUGCCGAUGAUGGGAGUGACGAGGAUGUGAGUGACGAGGAUGGGAGUGACAUGGAUGGGAGUGACGUGGAUGGGAGCGAUCAUGUUAGGAGUGACGAGGGUGGGAAGGAUGGUGACAGGAGGAACAAUGAUGGGAGUGGUGGUGAUGUGACUGACGUGCCUGGAGAAAGUAUUGGUGGAUUAAGUGACGAUGAGUUAUUGAGUAAUGCUGCAGUUGAUGGCGAUGAUGGGUGUAUUAGUGGAUCGUGCGAUUGGAGAGGUGCUUGUAGUAGGAUUGAUGCUGACCUGAACGAUGAUUUUCUUGGUGACAAUGAAUGUGAUUCCGGCGAAAAUUUGAAUGAUGGUGAUUCAAUUUACAGUCCGGAGAGAGAUGAUCAGAGAGAGCAUGACAAUAGCAGUGACGAUGCUCGUGACAUUCAUGGUUUUUACACGUAUAACCUUCCAAGCGUCCGUGUUAAUAUUGAGCAAGGUGGCAAACGCAAAAAGAGACGUUAG